UGGAGACAGCUGUCGUUUCUGAAGAGAGCCGGAGCUUCGACGGACCGACCGUCUCACAGAAACCAACGUCAUCAGGAGGAGGAUGAAAGGGAGAGGAGAGCAGAGGGAGGAUGGUGUCACACUCAUCGCCAUGGAAACGGCACCAGACACCAACUAUGGCAGCAUUACCAUGAACGUUCCUGCUUCAGACAAGAACAUGUUCAGUGACGGAACCACUCGGAUCGACUUUGUGUUGGUGUGGGAGGAGCCUUGGGGCUCACAACAGGACAGCUCUGGUGUUAGCCCCACCCACAUCACGUGGAGGGAGGAGUUCCUGGAUGGAUUGAAACGUGCAGGACUGUUGCAGGAGAAGAGGGAGGUCCUCCAGGUGAAGAAGAGGAUUUGCUUCAUCCUCCUUAGCGCUCCAUGGAGCGUCCUCUGUUACUUUGCUGAGGAGAUCAGACUCAGAGUCCCUCUGCAGGUGGUCACUGCUCCAAUCGUCAACUGGUCUGAUCAAGUGCUGUCCAAGCUGUCCCUCCCAAACCCCCUGUCCCAGGAUGUCCCCAACCCUCCACCUGAUUAUUACACCUGUCAGUUCAGGACCAACAAGCUGGAGAGGUUCCUGGGAAGUGACAACCAGGAGACAUUCUUCAAAACCACUCAGAGACACCAGGUGCUUUAUGAGAUCCUGGCCAGAACUCCAUACGGUUCUGUGAAGAAAGGCGAGGUGGGAAUUGACCGGCUGGUUAGUGAACAGGUCUUCACCGCUGCGUAUCCGCUGCAUGAGGGGGACUUCAGGCUGCCGGACCCUCCAGUGCCCCCCCAGGCUUUAGGACUGAGACAAAUUCUCUAUGGAUACUGGGCCAAGUGGUCCUCCUGGAGUCGAUACCAACCUCUGGACCACAUCAGGGAGUACUUUGGAGAAAAGAUAGCUCUUUACUUUGCUUGGCUUGGCUUCUACACCGGCUGGCUCCUACCGGCAUCUCUGGUCGGGACUUUCAUCUUCCUGGUGGGCUUCUGGCUUGUGACCUCAGAUGUUCCAGCAAAGGAGGUGUGCGACAGCGGGAGCACCUUCAUCAUGUGUCCCCUCUGUAACAUCUGCUCCUACUGGAACUACUCCAGCAUCUGCAUCGCCUACAAGGCUGGGCUCCUGUUUGAUAACGGGGGAACGGUGUUCCUCAGCGUCUUCAUGUCUCUGUGGGCCGUCACCUUCCUGGAGUACUGGAAGAGAACCUGUUCUGCCCUGUCCCAUCGCUGGGACUGCUCUGACUUUGAAGAUAUUGAGGAGCGUCCUCGUCCAGAGUUCACUGCCAUGGCACCAAUGACCAUGAGGAACCCAAUCACCGGGGCAGAGGAACCGUACUUUCCCGAGAAGAAGCGAUUCAACAGAACUGUGACUGGCUGCAUGGUCAUCGUCAUCAUGGUCGCCGUGGUGUUGAUGUUCCUCAUCGGCAUCAUCUUGUAUCGGACAAUCCUGAGCAUCAUCAUCUUCAAGUCGGAGAACAGCUUCCUCAGCUUCUCUGCAGGGAGAAUUGCCAGUCUUUCAGGAUCAGUGUUGAACCUUUUGGUCAUCCUCAUGUUGUCUAGAGUUUACGUGACUCUGGCCGACAUCCUGACCCGCUGGGAAAUGCAUCGCACUCAAACCAAAUAUGAAGACAUGUUCAUCCUGAAAGUUUUCAUCUUCCAGUUCGUCAACUUCUACUCUUCUCCAGUUUACAUUGCUUUCUUCAAAGGCAGGUUUGUCGGUUACCCAGGAAACUACAACACUCUUUUUGGAGUUCGUAAUGAGGAUUGUGGAGCAGGUGGAUGUCUCAUCGAACUGGCUCAGGAGCUGCUGGUCAUUAUGGUGGGAAAACAGCUGAUCAACAAUGUCCAAGAGUUCAUUUCCCCGAAGGUGAAGUCCUGGUGGCAGAAGAGGAGGAUGAGUCCUCAUCUGAAGGAGCAGAAGGAGUCGAGGGAGGAGGCGCCGAGGCUGGAGGAGGUUUCUCCGUGGGAGGAAGACUACCAGCUGCUGGUCUGUGAGGGUCUCCUGAGCGAGUAUCUUGAGAUGGUCAUCCAGUUUGGUUUCAUCACCAUCUUCGUGGCGGCGUGCCCUCUGGCUCCUCUCUUUGCUCUCAUCAACAACUGGGUGGAGAUCCGUCUGGAUGCUCAGAAGUUUGUGACUGAAUAUCGACGCCCGGUGGUGGAGCGAGCUCAGGACAUUGGCAUCUGGUUUUCCAUCCUGCAGUUCAUCACUCACACAGCCGUCCUCAGCAACGCCUUUUUGAUCGCCUUUACAUCGUCGUUUGUGCCCCGUCUGUACUACCGAUACACCAGAGACAUCACACUGAGCGGCUUCACCAACUUUACUCUGGCAACAUCUCCUAAGAGCUUCAGCCAGCAGCAACAAAACACCUCCUGCAGGUAUCAAGGUUUUAGGGACGAGAGCGGUGAAUACUUGCCGGAGUACUUUCACCUCCUCGCUAUACGACUCAGCUUUGUCAUUGUCUUUGAGCAUGUGGUCUUCUUUGUUGGACGCUUGAUUGACUUGAUGGUUCCUGACAUCCCUGAAGAGGUGGAGAUGAAGAUGAAGAGGGAACACUACAUGGCUAAAGAGGCUCUUGCAGAGAACCAGUCUCUGGGAAAAACCUUGAUUCCAGGCGAUGAGGAUCAUCUGUCAGGCGAGCUGAGACAACGUGGAUCCAGAAUCUCUCCACUGCAGAAGGACUCCCCUCCACCAAUAUUGAAGGAGAUCCCAGAAGCAAGUGAUCCAGCAGACAGCUGUUGACAUGAAGCUGAAGUGGACUUCUGCAUCCUGCCAGACCAUUUACCAACUGUGUCUGACCUGUGAGAGGUCUAGAUCUUCAGGAAUCCAAAUUUAGGUCUUAUUCCUCAGAGUUCUCCAAACGUGUCUAUGAGAUCUUGAUCUUUCAGAUCUUUGAAUGUUUGCAACCAUCUUGGAGACCUGCAGGACCAUCUGUUUUGUAAGAAAGUCUGCAUGUAAAUACAUUUUUACACAAGUUCA